AUGGCGGGGGGGGACGGCGGGGGAGCGGGGUAUGGCGGGGGGACGGCGGGGUAUGGCGGGGGGACGGCGGGGGGAGCGGGUGAUGGCAGGGAGAGAGGGGAGAGCGGGCGACGGCGGGGGGAUGGCGGGGGAGCGGGGGACGGCGGGGGGAGCAGGGUAUGGCGGGGGGACGGCGGGGGGAUGGCGGGGGAGCGGGGGACGGCGGGGGGAGCAGGGUAUGGCGGGGGGACGGCGGGGUAUGGCGGGGGGACGGCGGGGGGAGCGGGGUAUGGCGGGGGGACGGCGGGGGGAGCGGGGUAUGGCGGGGGGGACGGCGGGGGGAGCGGGUGA